UCCAUGAUCCACGACAGCGCAAUCGCGACCUCGUAACCACCUUGCCCACACCAUUUCUCUGACGAUUUUUUGUACAACCCUCCACCAACCAAAGCCCACGAGAACCAGGCAUAAUGGCGGCUCCCGUUCCCACCAACUUCGACGCCCAGGAUGCAGACAACCUAGAGGAUAUCGAGAAGCAGUUCGCCGUCAAGGUCGUCCAGCACAUGGAGACCUACUGGAACAUCUUGGAGAAGGUCAAAGGCUCCUCGCUGCGCCUGACCAAGAUUGACGACGAGAUCUACGAGCACCUGCAGAAGGACUUUCCUGAGUUUGACCCCGCCGCCACCAUCAACGAGGACGAGAUGAAGAGUAAGGACGGCAAGGAGCGCUGGCGCAAGUUUAUGAUGGCCUACGAGAAGAAAGUUGAUGACUACAACUUCGGCACCAUGGUGCGCGCCAACCCCAAGUUCGAAUACGGCCAGAAUGAGGUCAUCUUCGCCCCACGGAUGCAGUUUUAUGCCAUCGAGAUUGCCAGAAACCGCAAGGGUCUGAACGACUGGAUUUACGAGAAGGCACAGGCUGCCAAGACUUCCAGCUAAACCGGUCCCGCUUGACUCGAGCCCUUCGUUUGUGUAACGACGACCUAAACAGCCCCGACUUGCGAUGCAAUUCACGUGCACCCUCGGCCAGAAAGUGCUUCGCCCGAGGUCGAUCGAUCAUGAGCCAUCGAGCCGACUCAUGAUCGACCGAAUGGAGUGGCUCAGAACCCAGAGUCCAAUAUUCCGGGAAAGGGGUGUUCGGGUUUGGUCACCCUGUUGGCUGCAUGGCACGACCCCACUGGCCUCGUUGUGCAGAUGGUCCUCGUCUAAAUGACAGGUCUCUAGCGCGUGCCGAGUGUGGGACUUCCCGGGCUUGGAUGGCAGAUAAUAUCAUGUCGCUCCGAUGGAGCAUCACAUCAGGCAACAAAUCAUACAUAGGAUGUAUGUCGUCAGACCCACGACGCAUGUGAUGAAUACUACAAAUGUUAC